AUGGCAAACAAAUUCGUCGAUGAAAUCGACAUCGCUAGCGAGUCUGAUCUUGAAAAGAAAAUUAAAUUGUAUGAAGCUCAACGAGCUCGUUCUUUUAGUCGGGUGCAAGCCAUUUAUGACUUAAUACCAGAUAUUUAUAAAAAUGAAACUAUUAAAAAACAAUUUUUGAGUAAAGUUCGUACCUUGGAACAGUUACGUUCUGAAUUUAAGGAAAUAGUAGAACAAAUUAAUUGGAUGAAUAUUGAAUUAAAUAAAUAUUUUGAACCUUCCUUUUCGAGUUUAGAUUCAUUUGAUGACUUAUACUGUGAAAUAAACCUGGUGUAUGAUCAGCUUUCUGCGUCAUCCCAGUCUUCUCAGGCACAGCCUUUAAAUGAAAAGGCUGUAACUGUAACGUCUAAUAGUAAUGAUUAUAUGAAGAUUCCCCGCAUCGAGUUACCAUUUUAUAAUGGCGAUAUACAGCAGUUCCCUUUCUUUUACGAAAGUUUCAAGCGUAUGAUACAUGAUAACAAUAAUUUAACAGAUUCUGAUAAAGUACAUUAUUUGUUUAAUCAAUUAACUGGUAAAGCCAGGUCUAUAAUUGUAGGCGUUGUACCUUCUGCGGAAAAUUAUUUAACAGUUUGGGAAACGUUAAAACUUAAAUAUUAUGAUAAACGUGAAUUGGGUACUUCUUAUUUGAAUCAGUUACUUUCAAUGAAACCUCUUGUUGGUGCUUCGGCACAAAAUCUGGAAGAUUUUAUUGAUAAGUUUGCAGCUACAAUUGCUGCCUUAAAUCAACUUAAGCUUGAAAAUGUAACUGAAUUUAUUUUUGUUCAUUUGGGUCUUAAGUUACUAGAUCCUGAUACUGCAAGAAGUUUCGAAAUGUCGAUUCGGAAUAAUAAUGGUAUGCCAGGUUAUGAGGAGUUCGUUCAUUUUGUGCGAGAACAUGUUAAAGUUCUCUAUCGAACCUCACAACCACGUCCUUCAAUUAAAAAUGAAAGAUUUGUUAGCAAAUCUACUAACAGUAAUCGCUUGCGUACCAAUCAUGCACAUGUUUCAACUGGUGAUCCUCGUUCUAAGUGUCUGUUUUGCAACAGUGCAGUUCAUGUAAAAAUUUCAAAUUGUGAUAAAUUCUUAAAAUUGAAUCCCAUUGAGAGGUAUCAAUAUGUAAAAGAUAAGAAGUUGUGUACUAAUUGUCUUAGUUCUCAACAUUGGUCUUCCCGCUGUACGUCACAGCAUGUUUGUAGUAAGUGUGACGGAAAGCAUCACACGAUUCUCCAUUUUAAUAAUAAGCCUCCAUCGCAAGCCACUGUGGCUCUUAGUAAUACUGAACCAUGUAUUAAUAAUAAAGUGAACAAUGGAGUUCAAUUUGAAAGUGAAGGUGAUCACCAAGUUUUAAAUAAUCAGGUAUCUGAGGCAACAUUGAGUCUAAACAUUCCUUCUUUGUGUACAAUGUCAACUGAAAAACGAGUUGUAUCUCCAACUACUGAAGUUUUGGGUACAGCAAAGGUUGUUGCUGCUUGUCGUAAUGGCAAAGAGAUUUUAAUUAGAGCUCUCCUUGAUCCUGGUUCGCAGAAAAAUUAUAUAUCUGCCAAGGGUGCUAGACGACUAGGCUUAUCUGUCAAUAAAAGUUUAUCAGCUUCAGUUAAAGGUAUUGGUGGUUCUACUCAAGUUGUAAAGGGUAGCGUUAAUUUUGUAUUUCGUUCCACACUUCAACAUGGGAAAAAGUAUUCUAUAGAAGCGCUUGUUUUAGAAAAUAUUACAUCUAGAUUGCCUACUUGCCCUAUAGAUAUUACUAAAAUAUCUGGAUUUGAGAUAGUUAAUGCCCCAGGCCAACCGAGUGCUAUCGAGACGACUUUAGGUUAUAUCGUUCUUGGUGAUGCUCCUAUUACGACAGUGUGUACUUCGUCUCUUAGUUUUUGUGCUACAUAUGAAGUCAAUAAUUUAAUAAAAAAGUUUUGGGAAAUUGAGGACUUAGGAAAUUCUCCUAUUCUCAGUCUAGAAGAUAAACAGGCUGAGGAUAUAUUUAAAUCAACUGUUAAGCGAACUAGCUACGGUCAAUAUGAAGUUGCUUUACCUUUUAAACUUGAUUCUGAAAAUUUAGGAAAUUCUUUGAAGGCUGCAGAGCGCAGUUAUUUACGAUUAGAAUCGAAGCUUCGUUCUCAACCAGCAGUUAAGUUGGCGUAUGAUGAGGUUAUUACUGACCACCUUAAAAAGGGAUACUUGUCUGAAGUAGAUAUUGUGCCUCAAGAGAAAGCAUAUUAUAUUCCUCACCGGGCUGUUAUUCGUGAGGAUAAGAUUACUACAAAACUGAGAGUCGUUCUUAAUGCUAGUUUUCCUACUGACUCUGGUUUGUCUUUGAAUGACAUUUUGCAUGCAGGCCCUAGUCUGCACGCGGAUUUGUUUUCUAUUUUAUUAAAUUUACGUUUGUUUCUAGUUGCUAUCUCGGCAGAUGUUCGUCAAAUGUAUUUAGCAAUCCAUGUUCGUGAAAAGGAUCGUCCAUUUCAGCGUAUUUUGUAUCGUUUUGAUUCUAAUGGACCAAUCAAGGUUUAUCAAUAUAACCGUGUUGCUUUCGGUUUGCGAUCCAGUCCUUUUUUGGCGUUACGUACUAUACAACAACUUUUGGAGGAUGAAGGCGAUCGUUUUCCUGUUGCCAAAGAAAUUGUUUCUCGUGAUAUUUUCAUGGACGAUAUCGUUAGUUCCAUUAUAAAUGAACAGAAAGCUAACGAUGCUGUGCGUGAGUUAAAUGAGCUCUUCAUGGCUGGGGGAUUUGAAUUGGCAAAAUGGUCUUCCAAUUCAGAUCGUAUAUUACAGGAAAUACCUGAAGACAGGCAUUUGUCACAGAGUGUCUCAUUUGAUAGUGAUGAUGAUGACAAUACUUUCAAAAUCUUGGGACUACGUUGGGAUCCCAUCGAUGAUAAUUUUACCUUUCAGGUUAAUCAUGAUGAACGUCCAUGUACUAAACGACAUAUACUGUCAUAUAUUGCUCGUUUGUUUGAUGUUUUAGGGUUAGUGGCCCCUAUUGUACUUUUCGCUAAAUUAUUAAUUAAAGAUUUAUGGAUAGCAAAGAUUGAUUGGGACGAUUCUCCCCCAGAAAAUAUUGUUAAAAAAUGGCAUCAGUUUCAACGUGAGUUGCCCCUAAUUGAGCAGCUUAAAUUUCCUCGUCACAUUGGUGUAACAGAAAAUUGUAGGUUGACAAUUCUUGGGUUUGCUGAUGCAAGUGAGAGAGCGUAUGGCGGAGUAGUUUAUGCCUGUGUUACUACUCCUAAUAAUGACAAUAUAAUCACUUUGGUUUGUGCCAAGUCCAAAGUGUCCCCAUUAAAAAUUGUGUCACUUGCAAGACUAGAGUUAUGUGCGGCUUUAGUUCUUGCACAACUCAUAAAAAAGGUUGUUUUUAAUUACAUGCCUCGGUUUUCUGUUCAUACGAUUUUAGCAUUUUCGGAUUCAACAGUAGCAUUAAGUUGGAUCCACUCAGAGCCCUAUCGAUGGCAAACUUUUGUAGGCAAUCGUGUGGCAAAAAUACAUGAGAAUUUGCCUAGUAAACAUUUCUAUCACAUUCGGGGAUUAGAUAACCCUAGUGAUUGUUUAUCUCGAGGGCUAACACCAGCACAACUAGUGAGUCACCCUCUUUGGCUUCACGGCCCUCCUUGGGCAAGUAAACCGAAAGAUUUAUGGCCUAUUAAACCUUUUAUACCUCAAGGUGAGUCAAUUCCAGAGGCAAAAUCAGUAGUUUUAAUUUCUACUUGUGAUUCAAAAUCGAAUGUAUUAUUUGAGUUAUCUCGCAAGUUUUCAUCAUGGAGCAAAUAUCUUCGGUCUGUUGUUUAUUUACUUAAAUUUGCUAGAAUAUUACCUAAAGGGCCUAUAAGCGCCGAGGAUUUAUCUAAGGCUGAAAUUCACAUAAUACGAGCACUUCAAAGUGUUUAUUUUACACAAGAAUUGGCAGAUCUUUCAGCUGCGAACUUGUGUUCUAAUUUAGUUAGACAAUUGAAACCAUUCUUAGAUAAUGGUGUUAUUCGAGUUGGUGGCCGUUUGGAUAACGCAGAUGUAUCCUAUGAAUUUAGACAUCCCUUCUUGUUACCCAGACGUGAUCAUAUUGUAGACAUUCUUAUUGAUUACCAUCAUAGGAAGAAUUGUCACGCAGGGCCUGAAACAUUAAUGUCCCUUUUGUGUUGCAAUUAUUGGAUUAUAUCUGCACGACGAAUUAUUCGUCAGAGAAUUCGUCAAUGUUAUUUUUGCUUUCGCUUAAAACCUCAAGCUCUUUUUCCAAUGAUGGCUGAUUUGCCCUCAUGUAGGGUAAAUCAAGUAGAAAAACCAUUUAUUCAUACUGGUUGUGAUUAUGCUGGACCUAUUUCAUAUACGCCUCAGCGUCGUCGUGGUGUUAAAGCCCAGAAGGCGUAUAUUUGUAUAUUUACUUGUAUGACUACUAGAGCAGUUCAUAUAGAACUUGCUACCGAACUUAGUACUGCUAGUUUUCUAUCGGCUUUCAAGCGUUUCCUGUCCCGUCGUGGUCCGACGUCCAUAUUGAAGUCAGUCGAAAAUCAACCAGAACAUUCCAAUUACAACGAUAUUCCGAUAAUUCACAAAUGUCCAAAUACCUGA